AUGCUGCCAGCCCGCUCCAUGAUCUUCUGUACGGCAGAUGGGGAGGAAAAAGUGACUGUGAACGACAGCCACAGACAGACAAGAACAAAGGCGACCCGGGAAACUUGGGCAAAAGCCUCGAUCCUGUGUAUCCACCCGUUAAUCCGUGAACUUAAUGUCACAUUGUGCAUCAAAACUGGACUUGCUCGCUGGUGUUUCUACUGGUGCGGAUUCAUAUGCAAAAGUUCCUCGGGAGACAGUUUUUGCCUGAGUUUCGUCAGCACAACUUUGGGCGGCGCUGGUAUUUUGGUUGAAGUGUCGAACGCAGCACUCUUUGGGGCACAGUAG